UCCUCCUCUGUGUUGCCCCGCGGAGCCCUUAGCAGCACCUCUUUCGCCCAUUUCUCUAGUACUAAUGGUGGGAUAAGAUCAAUUCAAAGACAGAGGAUUGUGCAUGGAAUCUCCUAUCCGUCAAUUUGAUUAAUCUUGCAAGGAAGUGUUGCAGAUUGCAUCAGAGCAAUAACUUAUUAUAUAGCUUUCCACCUAGUGCUUGGAGUUUUGACUGACAUUUCUAAUGACCUGGAAAGGAUUUCCUGAUGGAUAAACUGUAGAUUGACAGCGUUUCAUUCAGAAUCAUUUCUAUAGCCCAUGGCUUUCUAGAAAACUGUUGUGAAGCUCUUCCUUUUCAGUGACUGCACCACAACAGUGCCAACAAAAUGCAGAAGCAAGUGGAAAUCAGAAUGCAUGAGAAUCAUCUGGACCCUCCUCCACUGCCUGAAGAGUCCAUGUGUGGAGGCUUCUGUGACAAAAUCACGAAGAAUCUGAUACUCGUGCUCACAGUUCUUGGUGUGAUCAUUGGUUCAGUAGCUGGUAUUCUACUGCGGUAUGCAUCCCCACUCCCCGCUGAUGUCAUUAUGGUCAUUGCCUUCCCGGGUGACAUUCUCAUGAGGAUGUUAAAAAUGGUGAUUUUGCCUCUGAUCAUCUCAAGUUUGAUCACAGGAUUAGCAGGGUUGGAUGCCAAGUCGAGUGGUCGUCUAGGCACAAGGGCCAUGGUGUAUUACAUGUCUACCACCAUCAUUGCAGCUGUGCUGGGGGUCAUCUUGGUGCUCCUCAUCCACCCCGGUAACCCCAAACUGAAGGCAAACCUCGGUGAGGGAAAAAAGAACGACGAAGUGUCCAGUUUAGAUGCCUUCUUUGAUCUCAUCAGAAAUCUGUUUCCAGAAAAUCUUGUUCAGGCUUGUUUUCAGCAGAUCCAGACUGUUAGUAACAAGGUAGAAGUAAGUCCUCCUCCACAUCUAAAUCGGUUUGGACGAAAUGCAACAAAAUAUGUGAUUAAGAAGUCUCUUCAAUUCAAGAGUGGCAUGAAUGUUUUAGGUCUCAUUGGGUUCUUUGUGGCAUUCGGGAUUUGCAUGGGAAAGAUGGGUGAAAAGGCCAAGCUGAUGCUUGAGUUCUUCAACGUUCUCAACGAGAUCGUUAUGAGGCUUGUCGGCAUGAUCAUGUGGUAUUCCCCCUUCGGCAUUGCGUGUUUGAUCUGUGGCAAGAUCAUUUCAAUUAACGAUUUGGAAAUGGUGGCCAGGCAGCUGGGAAUGUACAUGGUCACUGUCAUCAUUGGGCUUAUUAUUCAUGGAGGCAUAUUCCUUCCCUUAAUAUAUUUUGUUAUUGUUCGGAAAAACCCAUUCACAUUCUUCAUGGGAGUUUUCCAGGCAUGGGUCACCGCCUUAGGAACAGCUUCAAGUGCUGGGACAUUACCUGUUACUUUCCGCUGUCUGGAGGAAAAUCUGGGAAUUGACAAGAGAGUGACUCGUUUUGUAUUACCUGUUGGAGCCACAAUCAACAUGGAUGGUACAGCACUUUAUGAGGCUGUAGCGGCCAUCUUUAUCGCCCAGAUGAAUGGAAUAGAACUUGAUCCUGGUCAGAUUGUGACAGUCAGCCUGACGGCGACUCUCGCUAGCGUAGGAGCAGCCAGUAUCCCCAGUGCUGGCCUGGUGACGAUGCUUCUGAUCUUGACUGCUGUGGGUUUACCGACUCAAGACAUCAGUUUACUGGUAGCAGUCGACUGGCUGCUUGAUCGUUUCCGAACAUCAGUCAAUGUCGUUGGUGACUCGUACGGGGCGGGAAUCGUGUACCACCUCUCCAAGGAUGAGCUUGACCUGUUCGAUGCACAGCAGAUAAGACCAGAUGACUUUGAGAUGACCAAGACACAAUCCUUUUUUGAGAAUAACACUAACCAUGGUGUAUAUUCAUCUCACAACUCCUAUCAGCCGGUCCAAAUAGAUGACUGCAAGUCUUUCAGCAUUCUGUAAGGAAUCCUGCUGCAACUAAAUAUUAUCUGUCUUGUGGUGGGUACAUUUCUGUGAAUUUGGAUAUAAAUUGUGCUGUUAAAAUAUUAAACUACUUGGAUUCUCUGCUCCAAACCAUAAACAGUUUAGCAAGCACCGGUUAAUGCAUUUUGACUGUGCCUUGGUCCAACAGUUAGUUGUUCCUGAUAAUUGCUUUCAGGUAACCUUGGCCUCAAAUGGCUCCCCUGCGGACUUCUCACUUGUUGAGGAGGAACCAUGGAUACGCGAGUAACACAGAUCCAGCUCCGCCUUAUCCUGAGUCCCGCAAGCUUAUCCUUUCUGGUGAAAACCAAAUGCUAAUUUUGUACAUAUAAACAGUCCGAAGUUACCACAGAACAUUUCAUAUGCACAAGCAUUGACUUUUGUAUGACAAUCUCAGUACAUUUGAUACACAAAGGGAAGAGAGCGUAGCUUAAAGUAGCGGGUAGUUCAGUUGGGAUAGAGAACAGGCUACAUUUUGAGUUGUUAUUAUUUAUACUCAAGGAUUACGGUAGUUAGAAUUCUAGGCCUUGGGUUUGACGAUUGUUCUGAAACCUGCUGCCUUAAGGCUUCUGCAUAUAAGGAUCGCAUUGGUUUGUCCAGCCCCAGAUUGACCCUAGAGCGCUAUAGUGGCAGGAGGAGAGAAGUGCAGCUUGUUUGCUGAAGAUACCUUUGACUGGCGCAGCUUAGGUGGAUUAACCCUUGGUGGCAGCACUCCAGAUCAGCCUCUUAUAAGAUCUUACCAGUGUACUUAGAGGUUCUGAAAUAGUGGUUUGCCUCCAAAUGCUGCCACUUAUUUUUAGACGCUGCCCGACGUAAAUGCCACGUCAGCAAUUACAGAGCAAUCAGACAUGAAGUAUGACAUUGAGUCAAUUGACGUCAUCUGCAAGGACUGUUGGGUUUAAUAUCCUGCAUAGUGGACUGAAUAGUAUUCAUUCAGACUUAAUAAUAAGUCUCCAUGCGUGUUUAUGUUUGAGGGAAGGGACUUGCAUGUGUGUAGGUUUUGUAUGUAUCUGUGUGCUUUGUUAAGUUGUUGAUUUAUUUAUGUGUUUAUUUGCUUUUAAGUUACAAUCUUGCCUUGAAGAUUUCAACUGCAAACUGCAGACAGAAGACUUUAUGACAUUAAUAUUAAAUGCAAUCCCGUUUUCUUGGAUCUUAGAACAGUAUCAAUGUUUAAUUCUCUGAGGAGCCUUCUUGGAUACACAGAUAUUAUGUCCAGUUGAAUGGAUUCUAUAUUCUCGCUGUUAAGAGAGGCCCUCAAGUUAUUUGGUGCUCAGGUUGUUAGCAUUUAACAGAAAAGAGAUGACCGGACUGAGAUCUAUCAUUACAUUUGCACCAUUUAUUUGGUAGUCUGUUAUUACUUUCAUAGCAACACGAGCAUUCAGCAUAUUCAGCAGAUUCUCUUUUGUACCAGAAUCUUCAAAUGUUCUCAUUAAAGUGCCUCCUUGCACUUUCUGUAUACAAAUAAAUACACAUAUGUGGUUCUAUUUUAGAUAUAUAUUUCAUGCAAAUUCAAAGUGUAGAAUUUCUUUUUGCAUAUUGUUUUAUAAAACAAUGGCAAUCCAUGUAUUCAAUUCCAUAUUUUACUAGGUAGAUUAGAAUGUAACAGGUUGUCUUAAGUAGUUAAUGCUAUAAUACAGUACAAGUCACAGGGAACUUGCUGUGAACUGUGGCUUUGAAACAUUGAUUGAUGAGAUCAAAUGUAUGUAAUGUAAGCAUUUUUUUCACUGUUACAAUUCAUGAUGAUAUUGUAUCUCAAAUAUUGUGUAUUGUUAAACAUUCUAAGGAAUAAUGACACUAGGGGAAAAAGUCAAAUUACUAAUCAUUUUAACCUAGGCUUGUUACAGAUUUAACAGCCUUGUAGAGUGCAGACAUCUCGAGUAUGUAUCUUAUGGAAAUAGAUACAGCCUAGAUAAAGUAUCUAUAAUGUAAAAGUGUGCACUAUUGGAAUAUAUGUUCAGGCAGGGCCUGACAAAUAUGUAAAAGUACAGUGAUUUGUAUUAACACGUAUUGUAUGAUCAUCCUGCUUUUUUUAAUUUUGCAGCCAUGUUUGGUUUCAAAGAUAUUGUAUUACUUGUCUACCAAACUUGAUUUUGCAUCCACUUUUCAAAUUUGUCUUUUUCCUCUAUUUUUCUAUGAAACACCUGUAACAAAAUGUAAAUAAAGUCAAUGCUUCUUGUCUCA